AUGGGAGAUGAAGAUUGGGAAGCAGAAAUCCUCAAACCUCAUGUGUCUCCCUAUGUUCCUGUAUUUGAAAAGGAUAAAUAUUCUUCUGGAGCAAAUGGAGACACUUUUAACAGGACUUCAGCUUCAUCAUCAGAAAUGGAAGAUGGACCGUCUGGAAGAGAUCAUUUCAUGAGAAGUGGAUUUUCCUCUGGAAGGAAUUUGGGAAACAGAGAUAUUGGCGAGUCUAGUAAAAGAGAGAAUGCACCUACAACUGGUGGCUUUGGAAGAGGAAAGGGUUUUGGAAACAGAGGUUUUUUAAAUAACAAGUUUGAAGAAGGUGAUAACUCUGGUUUCUGGAAAGAGUCUAAUAAUGACUGUGAAGAGAAUCAGACUCGGAACAGAGGAUUUUCCAAGAGAGGCGGCUAUCAAGAUGGGAAUGACUCAGAAGCAUCAGGGCCAUUCAGAAGAGGUGGAAGAGGUAGCUUCCGAGGUUGCCGUGGAGGAUUUGGUCUAGGAAGACCAAAUAGUGAAUAUGACCAAGAUCAGGGGACACAGCGUGGCGGUGGCCUUUUUGGUUCUAGGAAGCCAGUAGCAAGUGAUUCAGGCAGUGGCGACACUUACCAAAGAAGUGGAACUGGACGAGGUGGUUACAAAGGUUUAAAUGAAGAAGUAGUAACAGGCUCUGGAAAGAAUUCUUGGAAGUCAGAAGCUGAAGGAGGAGAAAGCAGUGAUAUUCAGGGUCCAAAAGUGACAUAUAUACCACCUCCUCCACCAGAGGAUGAGGACGCCAUCUUUGCACAUUAUCAGACAGGCAUAAACUUUGAUAAAUAUGACACCAUUCUUGUAGAAGUAUCUGGACAUGAUGCACCACCAGCAAUUUUGACUUUUGAAGAAGCUAAUCUCUGUCAGACAUUGAAUAACAACAUUGCUAAAGCUGGCUAUACUAAGCUUACGCCUGUGCAGAAAUACAGCAUUCCUAUUGUAUUAGCAGGACGAGACUUGAUGGCUUGUGCUCAAACAGGGUCUGGAAAGACUGCAGCUUUUCUCUUGCCUAUUUUGGCGCACAUGAUGAGGGAUGGAAUAACUGCCAGUCGCUUUAAAGAACUUCAGGAACCAGAGUGUAUUAUUGUAGCACCAACUCGAGAAUUGAUCAACCAAAUUUAUUUGGAAGCCAGAAAAUUUUCUUUUGGGACUUGUGUAAGAGCUGUCGUCAUAUAUGGGGGAACGCAGUUCGGGCAUUCAAUUCGACAGAUAGUACAAGGCUGUAAUGUAUUGUGCGCUACUCCAGGGAGGCUGAUGGAUAUCAUAGGUAAAGAAAAGAUUGGUCUCAAACAAGUCAAGUACUUGGUUUUGGAUGAAGCUGAUCGAAUGUUGGAUAUGGGUUUUGGACCAGAGAUGAAGAAGUUAAUUUCUUGUCCAGGAAUGCCAUCAAAGGAACAACGCCAAACCCUUUUAUUCAGUGCAACGUUUCCAGAAGAAAUCCAGAGGUUGGCUGGGGAGUUCUUAAAGUCCAAUUAUUUGUUUGUUGCUGUUGGACAAGUCGGAGGAGCAUGCAGAGAUGUUCAGCAGACCAUUCUUCAAGUUGGCCAGUAUUCAAAAAGAGAAAAACUUGUCGAGAUUCUACGAAAUAUAGGUGAUGAAAGAACUAUGGUUUUUGUUGAAACCAAGAAAAAAGCAGAUUUCAUUGCAACUUUUCUUUGUCAAGAAAAAAUAUCAACUACAAGUAUUCAUGGUGAUCGGGAACAGAGGGAGAGAGAGCAAGCUCUUGGAGAUUUUCGCUGUGGAAAGUGCCCAGUUCUUGUUGCUACUUCAGUAGCUGCCAGAGGGCUCGAUAUUGAAAAUGUUCAGCAUGUUAUCAAUUUUGAUCUUCCUUCUACCAUUGAUGAAUAUGUUCAUCGAAUUGGCCGUACUGGGCGUUGUGGAAAUACUGGCAGAGCGAUUUCUUUUUUUGAUACUGAAUCUGAUAAUCACUUAGCACAGCCUCUAGUUAAAGUACUAUCAGAUGCUCAACAGGAUGUUCCUGCAUGGUUAGAAGAAAUUGCCUUUAGCACAUAUGUGCCUCCCGGCUUCAAUAAUAGCACAAGAGGAACUGUGUUUGCAUCUGUUGACACUAGGAAGAAUUACCAGGGCAAGAACACUUUGAAUACAACAGGGAUUUCUUCUUCACAAGCUCCCAAUCCAGUCGAUGAUGAGUCAUGGGAUUAAAGCAAACAAACAUACUUCAAGUCUGAUAGUUUUGAUGCACAGAAGAAAAACAGUUUUUAUUUUUAAAUUUUUAGCUGAAGUGUGAAGCCUGAUAUUCUUAUAUAUCCUGUUUGUCUGUUCUUACUCCCAACCCUGAAAAUUAACCAGCUUCAUUGAUUAGUUAUGUGAAGUGCUGAAAGUUACAACAUUGCAGUUACUGAUACAAAUGGUGUUAACUGGAAAUAUUAAAGCAUUCUAAAUGUUUUGUUUAUUUCUAGUAUAUUCUUCAGAAAGUUAAGACAUGUUUCAUGUCUAAGUGCUAAGUCUUAGUAUAGUGUUUAUGGUCCUAUAAAACAAGCAAUAGGAUAUACUAUACUCUUGGUUAAUAAUUGGGUCUAAUUUCUACUUGAUCCUUUAAAAGAAUGGUGUGUUGGUACAAUGUGAUAACAUGAUUUUCAUGAAACAGUGGCGGCUGAAGCCUUUCAAAGUUACUUGAUUUUUACAUCAUCAGACAUGUAAUGAAAAAAGUUCAGUUUGCAAUGUGAGCUCUGUACUUGAUGGUAUGACAAAUGCUUGCUUUUAUAAUAUACAGAUUUUCCUUGGAAAUAAAAGAUGAAACACAUUUCCCCCUAAGUUUUCCAACAGCAUUUUCAUUUUUCUUGUGGCAUAUUACAGUUCCUAGCUUUCAUAUUUGGAAAUUUUCUAUCUUGUGAAAUCAAUGCAGUGAGCAAGAAGUUUUAAACAAAUCAAAUAUUAAUGUGUAACAACCAUUAAUACCAAGAUGUUGUAAUGAAAAUUAGUCUUAGAAUAAUAACCCACUUAUCAACAAACGCGGUACUUCAGCUUAAUCAUAAUUUUUUUAUGUUUUACAGUUAGUAAGGGAAAGAAUCCUGUAAUUUUCAUUCAUUACGUACCUUGAGUUUACCUGCUCCAUGACAUAUUAAAAAAUAAUCCAUGUAAACUUUCAAAAUGCAAAUACCUUGUAUCCUAAUUUUUAAAAGCUCAGAAUACAAAAUACAGAAUUUUAAAGAUCUUUUUAGUUAGGAAUUAAGGUUGAUUUGAAGCUCCAAGGACAGAAAUACAAAGAAGGAUAGAUUGGCUAAAAAUGUAUUGGGCAUAUAGAAAAAGAAUAAA